GAGUGGCACUCGCUCGGCUGGCUGAUGGGUAGCUGCUGCUACUUGCUUUGGGGUCACUAAAAUGGUGCUGCUGGCAGCAACAGGUUAGAAGUGCCGGCGUUUAGCUGCUGAAGUGUGUGAUGGCUGCAGAUAAACCGCAGAAAUGCCAGCUCCUUCGCAGCUUCCACCCUUCUACACGUGUGACGGCAAAGGGACACUGAUUUUCCACCUGAAAAAUCACUUGAGUUUGGUGAUAGCCAGCACUCUGCUGAAGGUCCUGGGCCUGACGGGGUCCAGUGACAAAAACGGAGACUGCUUCACUGAGUUAAAUAACUACAGUUAGCCUAUAACCACCAAACCCACUUCUUCUGGCAAAUGUCCGUUUAGCGACAUGCUCUCUUUGAAGCGUUUUCUUACCUCCUUGUUCUCUAGACCUACGGUCUGGCACCACUUAUUCACUAUUUUUUUAACGCCCAUGUGCUGCUAAUUUUCAUCCAUUCAUUCCUGGCCUUGACAGCCCCGUCCCUUCGUUGCUCUGACCUCACGAACCCUGCCGCCCGGCCCCUCCCGCUGCCGCCGCCGGGACGCCUCCUCCGGCCGCCGGGGAGCCAAUGCGCGGGGCGCGGCCGCGCCGGGCGGCAGUCGGCGGCGCGGAGCGUGGGUGAUAGCGCGGCUGAGAGUCGGCCAUGCCGCAGCACAGUAUCCUUCUUCACCUGCUCGCCGGAGGAUGUGGUGGCACAGCUGGAGCCAUCCUGACCUGUCCCCUGGAGGUGGUGAAGACACGUCUGCAGUCCUCCCAGCUGGCGCUGCGGCCCCUGUGCCUCUCGGAGGUGCAGCUGCCAGGGAUGAGCGUGCGGCUGAUGAGCAGUACCCCUCCAGCUCCCGGAGUGCUCAAGCUGCUCAGGGCCAUCCUGGAGAAGGAAGGUGUGCGCUCCCUGUUCCGAGGGCUGGGCCCAAACCUUGUUGGGGUUGCUCCUUCCCGGGCUAUAUACUUUGCUGCCUACUCUGGUGUUAAGGAGAGACUGAAUGCUGUCCUUGCACCUGAGUCCAAGAAGGUACACAUGCUGUCAGCAGCCUGUGCAGGCAUUACCUCUGCCACGCUUACCAACCCCAUCUGGUUAGUGAAGACCAGGAUGCAGCUGGAAGGCAGGGUGAAAGGGGAGGUGGCCAGCAGUGCUCUGCAGUGUGCUGUGCACGUGUACCGCACGGAAGGGCUGCGCGGCUUUUACCGUGGCGUCACCGCCUCCUACGCUGGGGUGUCAGAGACCAUCAUACACUUUGUCAUCUACGAAGCACUGAAAAAGCACCUGAGAAGCAGCCACCAUUCCCUGUCUGCACCGCUCACCCUUGCACCAAACAGCCAGGAUUUCUUUGGGCUAAUGGGAGCUGCUGCCCUCUCCAAAACCUGUGCCUCAUGCAUUGCGUAUCCACACGAGGUGAUCCGGACGCGGCUUCGAGAAGAGGGCUCCCGGUACCGCUCCUUCGUGCAGACCCUGCAGCUUGUGGCCCGUGAGGAGGGGCCCUCGGCUCUGUACCGAGGGCUCCUGGCACACUUGAUCCGACAGAUCCCAAACGCAGCUAUCAUGAUGGCUACCUAUGAACUUAUCAUCCAGCUGGCCUCUUCCACCUUGUAAGCCUGCUGUAGCACCUGGCUAGGGCUGCUGUGGAGGUGCAGGGACCUCAUGCUGCUGGGACUUGGCGGUUUCCAUGCUCCAAGGUGGUGAUUUUCAGCUUACAGUGGUAGCUGGCGUAGCAUUCUCAGGACAGGAGACUACUUUGUGCCAAGCUUUUGGCUCCACUAUGCACAACGUAGCCUUUCUUCUUUCUGGAGACUUCAGAUGGCUCUGGUGCUUCAAGAUGUCAGGGCACUAGUCUGACAGCACCUGCUGUAAGCUCCCUGUGCUAAACCAGGACAUGGGACUUGCUGGGAAGGAGACAAAGGUUCGAGUGUAAGAGACCAGGCACAGUGUAUCGACUUCUGUCAGACCCAGAAACAACCAUGUGUGGGUGCAGCUGGACACAAGGACAGGCCAGAGCUGAGACACCUGAGAGUGCUGCAGCAAUCAGAGAUCUUGUGCUGAGACCUUUGUGCCUUCAGAGGGGCUCUUCCGCUCUCAUCUGCUGUGCUGCCUUCCUGUCCCUGAGGAGGAUUUCUCAGUCUUGGCUGCCAGCACAUGUCCUGAUGGAGAAUCUUCUGCAGAGUCCUUAAUGUGUUGCAGCCAGUGCCCAGUGUCAGGCAGCUGCUGUUCCAUCUUGCAGGAUCUGACUAAUCAGAGCAAGUACAUCAGGGAAGGAAGCAUAACCUGCUAUGAAACAGUGCCCUGACAACUCAUGCUGCUGGGUUCACAGCCACGCGUUGCCAUUGUCUGUUGUUUCCAUCCCCUCCUUCCCUCUGAAGUGCUGGGUCUGUUCUGCUACAAGCUGGAGCCCCUGGUGUGCAGAAUACUUUUGUGCUGGUAAAGAAAGUGGGUGAGGUGAAAGGAUGGAUGAAGGUGGGAGUUUAUCCCCCCACUGCUGAUACACCACGUGUAUGACAAAGCCUUGUGUGUUCUGUCAUCAAGAAUCCAGUUUGCUGCAGGUGACAGGCUGGGCUGCCUUCCCAUCCUCUGUGGGGUCCUGGGCCCAGGUCUUGGGCUCUGCUCAAGGAUGUCCAAUGAUAGGACAAGGGGCAACAGGUGCAAGCUGGAGCAGAAGAGAUUCAAUGGGAACAUAAGGAGAAACUUUCACUCUGAGAGGGCCAGAGCCCUGGAGCAGGCUGCCCAGAGAGGUUGUGGAGUCUCCCUCUCUGGAGCCAUUCCAAACCCACCUAGAUGUGUUGCUGUGUGACCUACCCUAGGUGAUCUUGCUCUGGCAGAGAAGUUGGAGUGGAUGAUCUUUUGAGGUCACUUCCAACCCCUACCAUUCUGUGAUCCAGGGGAAGGCUACAUUCUGUUUACAAAGAAGGCAGGGGUAGGGUCAGGGCUGAUGUUUCUUUCUUGUCCCAUGAUAAAAAACUGUAACCCUCGGCCAAGACAAGGCUGUGACUGCACUAACUCCACGUUCUGGACAAUCUCCAGUCUCACAUGAGAGGCUACACUGACUUUCUUUCCCUAGGUGUAGUGAAAAAGUGGAGGACCCCUGCAGGCUUUAUUUGAAAUCCAUUUAUUUUAAAAUCAGCUUUGUCUCCUGCUCCUUCCCCCCCGUCCCUCUGCCCAGCUGGCAGUUGUGACAGUUUUACAAAGCCACACAAGCUUGCAGUGAUUUUUUUUUGUUGGGUUUUUCUUUUUGCAUGAAACAAGAAUAAACCUUGAAUGACAACAUUGAAAAAA